CAUGCAGGUCGGCGACUAACUACCAGCUCGGAAGAAAUAUGUCGCAGUCUUGGGUAUGAACUCAGUCGAUCAGCUCCGAACCUCAUUCCGACGCUCCGAUCUAGUUAUCAGGACACGCAACGGUACGUAAUGUAAACUCUAUCUUAUCAUCUUACCCCCAAUAGUUGCGUCAGGAGAAUAUGUCAUACGAAGAUCAGGUGAAAUAUCCUCAGUGAACCUAUUUUCUCGAGUUGAGUGUCGGCCACUUGACUUUGCCUAAUAGUAAUUUUUCGUAUUGCGGCAUCUAUCUCUCAGGUAUUGCACUCGACACGGUUGAGAGUGAUGCCCAUGCCUACUUUCUCGAGCAUAUGGACGCAGCUACGGCCACCAGAGCCAGACUUUACCGAGAAGAACUUGCCGGACCUCGCUGGAAAGGUCUAUAUCAUUACUGGUGGCAACACUGGGAUUGGUAAGGAACUUGCACGGAUGCUCUAUUCCAAAAAUGGGACCAUCUACGUUGGAGCACGGUCUGAGGAAAAAGCGGAGCGGGCAAUAGACGACAUUAGACGCGCGGAACCGAACUCCACGGGCGCCUUGGUCUUCCUUCACGUUGACCUAGCCGAUUUACGCACCAUCAAAUCUUCGGUCGAGAGCUUCACCUCGCGAGAGAACAGGCUUGACGUCCUCUUCAAUAAUGCCGGCAUUCAGGCGCCAGGCGGCGGUGCUGAACCAGCUCAGACCACGCAGGGAUAUGAGAUUCACCUCGGGGUCAACACGAUCGGGACCUUUCUCCUGACUAGGCUACUGACGCCGACACUGGUAGCGACAGUACGCUCAGCACAGACCGAUGCCGUACGCGUGGUAUGGGUUUCGUCGUCGGCGGCCGAGUUCUUUGGGGAGAAGAGCGUGGGCCUGCCGGUGGACGAUCUCGACUACCACAACAGCCGGCCAGCGCUGCACCGUUACGGGCUGAGCAAGGCCGGCAACUGGCUGCAUGGCGCCGAGUUCGCCCGUCGCCACUGCGCUGAUGGUAUCGUUAGCAUCCCGCUCAACCCUGGCAACGUCAACUCGGACUUGUACCGCGACCAGAACUUUAUCAUGCGGCGAAUUGUAGCGAGUUUCACGCAUUCGCCCGUCUAUGGUGCAUACACCGAGCUUUUUGCUGGACUGUCACCGCAGGUCACGAUGGAGAAGACUGGUAGCUGGGUUGGUCCUUUUGGACGAUUCAUGCCAAUCCGAAGUGAUCUUAUGGAUGCAACAAAAGCUCAGGCGGAAGGUGGCAAUGGACAUGUGAGGAAGGUUUGGGACUGGACGGAAGACCAAGUUAGCAAGUACAUGUAACAUAGAGUGGACAUGACUAUUCCUAGUCGUUCUACCACCGGUGUUUGAUUAAUUUAAAUUAUUAGUGAC